AUGUACACGCGGAAGCGGCAUUCGACAGCUCAGGAGCAGUACGCGAAAACAAAAAUGGAGGCCACCGAUGAAGAAGAUUUAGAGGGCGAGGACGAAGCCGAAGGGAGUCAGUGUGACUUUCGGCAACCUUCAGGUUUUCCUUGCGAACACACUAGAAAUGACUACCGUUCAUUUCCGCCACAGUACUUCAACAUUGCGUACCCUCAUAAUGACUUCGCACCCGUCUACCACCAGAAUGUAAUACAGCAUCACAUACCAUGUGGAGUUGGAGCUGUCUCUUGCACAAGAGGAGAAAUGUCACAGCCUUCAUUCUUUCAACACCACCUACUCUCUGGAGGGAAUGAGGAGGCCGAAGUGAGCGAACCGGCUUCAGUCUCUCGGAAGGCAGAAAUCCCUUUGAUUUUCUUUGGUGACACACCCUCAGGAGCAAGCGGUGCUGAUCCCUGCGAAGUGUACUGUACGGUCCCAGGAAGGACCAGCCUGUUGAGCAGUACUACCAAAUACCGUGUCACUGUGGGUGAAAUUCAACGAAGGAUUAGUCCUCCGGAAUGUCUGAAUGCAUCACUUCUUGGUGGAAUUUUACGGAGAGCAAAAUCCAAAGAUGGAGGAAAAACGUUACGCGAUUCUCUGAAGAAAAUUGGAUUGACCUUGCCGGCUGGGCGCCGCAAGCAAGCAAACGUCACUGCAUGGACUGCUCUCGUUGAAGAAGAAGCAGUACAUAUGGCAAAAGAUUUUGCGCUGGUUUGUGAGAAAGAGUUCCACGCUCGUGAGAUCGGUAUCUACCUCACAAAAGCAAGCUUAUCAAUUGAUCAAGACCUAAUUAAAAGGAGGACAAUGUUGGAAAAUAGCAAGAAAAUCGUCUCCGAACUCUGCGAUCUACUGUCAGCUGACCGCACACCACUGACGCCUUUUAUUGCUUUUACAAGGCCGACGAUCACUCUUGAUCCAAACGUCCAACAGCAUCUUAGUCAUUACACUUUGAUGACUCAUGGCUUUGGAGGAGUAGCAAUGGUUGCUGUAUUGGAAUCUGUGAAAGGUGUGAUAGAAGAGUCCAUAAAGUAUUUAGAUAGAACUUGUUCACAAACAAUGUACAUUCCUUAUAAUACUCGUUAA